AUGGAGGUACUUACAAAUUCAACUGAAGAUCUUGAUAUCUCAUCUACGGAUGAUGAAACAUUCUACUGCGAAAUUUGCUCCGAGACUGGGGAAGAAUUUAUAGUGCAUGGAUAUUGUACAAACUGCAAUGAAUAUAUGUGUAAAAAUUGCUUCGACUACCACCGAAAACCAAAGCCUACUCGUAACCAUAUCUUAUUGCUUAGGAAUGCGAUGCCAAAGCCGACCGAAAGGCCGACAUCAUCCGUUUCACCGGACGUGUGUAAUGAGCUAUGCAAGAAACAUCCUGCGGAGAUUGCUGCUUUCUACUGUGUGACACAUGACGAUUUCUUUUGCAAUUCAUGUGCCGCGACUACACAUAAAACAUGCGAGUUUUUGUACAUACCGGAUGCGGCCAAAGAUUUCGCUGAAAGUGCCGAGUUAGAAAAAACAUUCAGUGACUUAAAUGAAAUAUCAAAAGUUUGCGAGGAAAACGUUGAUCGCUCUGAAAAAAAUUCAGCGAAAAGCGAUAACAUGCUCGCCGUAGCUAAGAAGAACGUAGAAACAUAUAUAGAAAAUGUGCAGCAAAUAUUGUCAGAGAAAGCUGAAAAGGCUUUCGCAAAAAUGGAUGAAAUUAAUAAUGACAACAAGGACAACAUGUCUAAUGUGUCGGAUACAUGCAAGACAACAAAAUCAAAAUCUGAAGAGCUGAAGCAAAGUCUGCAGAAACUUCUUGAUAAAAAACAGUUUUGCCAGUUAUAUACAGCAUCAAAGAAAGCUACAAAUGCGAUACGAGAGCUAGAAGUAACUGUAACAAAUGCAGGAAACGAGAACAAAAUACAACACUACAAAUGCCAGUGUGACAAGCGACUAUUCCAAAUAGCAACAAAUUCAAGCAUUUUCAUUUGCAUUGAUCCAAACGACAAGAAAAGACUUUUCCCACUGUACCAAUCGGUUAUAGUUUCGGAAGGUUCUAAAGUGGACAGUGAUGUGCCAGUGGAACAAGCCCCAGAUGUCCCACAGGUACAAGACGUUCCAGAGCCGAACUUCCCACCACCGGUUGUACCACCCCGAAAAUUUACGAUGAGCGAGAGUUUGGUGGAUAUACCCAUUGCUAACGUAGAAGAGGAACCGAUUUAUGAAUUCAUCGAAGAUAAAAGAAACUAA